UUUCCGCCAAAUUAAAUGAACUUCUUAUUUUUUCCCUCUAUUUGUUUCCCUUUUCCAAUUACAUCUUUUUAAUUUCUAGAAAGUUCAAAAUCUGCAAGAUCGAAGCUCCCAAAGAGAGUUUCGCUGCAAGUAAAAGAGAAGAAAAAUGGCGAAAAUCUUCUGCGAUUUCCGAUUCCUCCUUUUUCUCGCAGCCGUGGCGUUCUUCUACAUCCAGAUGCGAAUUUUCGCCACACAAUCAGAAUACUCAGAUCGCCUCGCCGCCGCGGUUGCAUCUGAGAAUCAAUGUACAAACCAGUUGAGAUCACUAAUUGAUCAAAUAAGCAUGCAACAGGAACGCAUUGUGGCCCUAGAAGAAGAAAGGAAUCGCCGAGAACUAGAAUGCAUACAGUUGAAGAACCUUGUUGAAGAUCUUAAAAGGAAAGACUUACAAAGACUGAUUGACAAAGUACAGGCACCAGUGGCCGCAGUUGUGAUCAUGGCAUGUAAUCGUGCUGAUUAUCUGGAGAGGACCAUUAAAUCUGUUUUAAAAUAUCAAACAUCUGUUGCUUCAAAGUAUCCACUGUUUGUCUCCCAGGAUGGAUCUGAUCCACAUGUGAAAAGUUUGGCUUUGAGCUACGAUCAACUCACAUAUAUGCAGCAUUUGGAUUAUAAACCGGUGGAGACUGAAAGGCCAGGGGAGUUGAUUGCAUAUUACAAGAUUUCCCGUCAUUACAAAUGGGCAUUGGAUGAAUUGUUCUACAAGCACAGCUUCAGCCGAGUAAUCAUACUUGAAGAUGAUAUGGAAAUCGCUCCUGAUUUUUUUGAUUACUUUGAGGCUGCUGCAGCUCUCCUUGAUAAAGACAAGUCCAUCAUGGCUGUUUCCUCAUGGAAUGACAAUGGGCAAAAGCAGUACGUGCAUGAUCCUUACAUGCUUUAUCGCUCAGAUUUCUUUCCUGGGCUUGGAUGGAUGCUGGCUAGAUCUACAUGGGAUGAGUUGUCCCCAAAGUGGCCAAAGGCUUACUGGGAUGACUGGUUGAGAUCAAAGGAGAAUCACAAAGGUCGACAAUUUAUUCGUCCAGAAGUGUGCAGAACCUAUAACUUUGGUGAACAUGGAUCUAGUAUGGGCCAAUUUUAUCAUCAAUAUCUUGCACCAAUCAAGCUGAACGAUGUCCAGGUUAACUGGAAAUCAAUGGAUUUGAGCUACCUGAUGGAGGACAAUUAUGUGAAGCACUUUGCUGAUGUUGUUAGAAAAGCUAAACCUAUUCAUGGAAACGACAUUGUUCUGAAAGUUUCUAAUAUUGUCGGGGAUGUGCGAAUAAAGUAUGAAGAUCAGUCAGACUUUGAACACAUUGCAAGGAAGUUUGGUAUUUUUGAGGAGUGGAAGGAUGGUGUACCAAGAACAGCGUAUAAAGGUAUAGUUGUUUUCCGCUACCAAACAUCAAGACGUGUAUUCCUUGUCGGUCCUGAUUCUCUCAAAGAACUUGGGGUUGCAGAUUCUUGAUGCAGCACGAGAGAUCAUGAAGCUCAACAUGUUUAGGCACUACAGUGGGGGUUCGCACGAAAGGAUUGUUGUUAAAGCGCGAGUGAGUUUAACGAUCAGGAGUCACAGCACUGUCCUAUACUUCUAGAUGAUUUAAGUUCGUGCGCUGACUGCUUUUUGUGGUUGGAGUUCGCUAAUUGCCAAGUUCAACAAUUUAACUUGAUAAGAAAGAGAGCCUUGUUCUUCAAGCGGUAUUUGGUAAUCAGCAGACUUGUGAAGUGAUACGGAACUGGCAUGAUAAUAUGUAAUACAUACUCCUAUGCACAGGAUUCUUUUGUUUGACUAAUAUCUUCCAAUGAUGUCUCCUACUGAUGCUGUAUACAAAUCAUUUAAAAUUUAUUACCCUCGAGAGAAUGCCUCACUGAAGAGGAUUUUGUAAGUCCUUUUGAGAAAUUGGAUAUAGAUUUUGCCACUCUUUUAACACUGCAAAA